GCCAUGGCGCUGCGGCUGCUGUCCCACCCGUCGCUCACGGCGGCGCAGCUCCGGCAGCUCCACGGCCACCUCCUCACCUCCUCCCUCCUCGGCGACCGCUACCUCCCAAACAUCCUCCUCCGCGGCCUCCUCCCGGACGCCCCUCUCCGCGCCCUCGCCCUCUUCCCCCGCCUCCGCCGCAUCCUCCCCGCAUUCCUCCCCAACAACUACACCUUCUCCUUCCUCCUCACCGCCUCUAUCGCCACAGCCAUCCCCAUUCCCUCGCCGUCGUUCACCUCCUCGGCCCACACGCAGCUCAUCUGCGCGUUGCACGCGCUCGCCGUGACGCUCGGCUGGGACGCGCACGCUUACGUCUCCAACGGCUUCAUCCACGCCUACGCCUCCCGCGGCUUCCUAGACGCCGCGCGCCGCGUCUUCGACACUGCCGUCCUCGCCCGUACGGACGACGUCUGCUCCUGGACCUCGCUUCUCACGGCCUACGCCAGGGCCGGGCACAUGGACGACGCACGCUCCCUGUUCGAUGGAAUGCCGCACAAGACGCCCAUCGCCUGGAGCGCCAUGCUCAGCGCCCACGUCGGGGCAGGCGGCUUCGUGGAUGCGCUCGAGGUGUUCGACAUGAUGCUCAGUGCUCGUAUCCGGCCCAACAGGGCGGCUAUCGUUGGCGCACUGGCUGCAUGCGGUGGGCUCGGGGCGCUGGAGCAGGGCCGGUGGGUGCACGCUCUCAUCACCGCUACCACCGGUAGGAUGGAUGCGGGGGUGGCUACUGCGCUGGUGGACAUGUAUGCUAAGUGCGGGAACCUAGACUCGGCAAGGCAGGUGUUCGCAGCCAUGCCGGAGCCCGAGCGCGACGUGUUUGCUUACACGGCCAUGAUCUCGGGGCUCUCGGACCACGGUCACUGCCAGGAGGCCGUUGAGCUGUUCGGCCAGAUGCAGGACCAGGGGGUGCGCCCCAACGAGGUCACCUUCAUCUGCGUCCUCUGCACUUGUGCCCGUGCCGGCGGCGGGCUUGUCAGCGUCGCUAGGGAGAUCUUCCAGAGCAUGUCUGCCGUCCACGGCAUCGAGCCCGGCGUGGAGCACUAUGGGAGCCUGGUCGACGUGCUCGGCCGUGCCGGGAUGCUUGCGGAGGCCGCGGCUGUGGUGCGGGCAAUGCCGAUGCGGCCCGACUCAUACGUGCUAGGUGCGCUGCUCAAUGCAUGCCGGGUGCACGGUGGUGACGGCGUGAAGCUCGGAAAGCAGGUUGUGGAGUGGCUAGCGGAACUUGGGCUCGACCACAGCGGCGUGCACGUGCAGCUGUCCAACAUGUACGCCUGCUCCAGCAAGUGGGAGGACGUGGUAAGGAUCCGGUCGGUGAUGGAGGAGAAGAAGGUGGCCAAAGUGCCCGGCUGCAGCAUGGUCGAGGUCGAUGGCGUCGCUUGCGAGUUUGUUGCUGGCGACCGCUUCCUUGAUCCGUGCAUCAACACCGUCGUCAGAGGGCUCGAUCAGCAGCUCAGGCUGCUUGGCCAUGACUACCGUCACCUCGAGGAGCUAUCCAACUUGGCGUAGGUUUAGAGCCCGUUUCCGUCUCAGGUCGCAGCCGUGUCUUGCCUCUUAUAAGUUGGAACACCACGGCUCGUACCACAAAUACACAUGGCAAACAUUGUUCAGCCGAAAGGGGCGCAGAUCCAUUGCUCAGAUGACAUGCUCAUGGAGAUUUCUCCUACCUGCCGGCCAAGACGCCGAGUUGGUCAGCAACUUCCGCAGCUUGACAUGCUCUCAUCGGCUACCUUCGUGGAGCUUCACCGCUGGCGAGCCAACAGGCCAGGCCAGCUGAAGCCUUUCUUCAGUACUACCGCCGAGACCUCUGAAGGGGAAUCCUUACAGAGAUGUAUGGAAUGAUUACGAAAUGCGAUUUAUCUCCACGGUUUCCUUCAGGCAUUUAAGAAGUUGAUAAAGAGACUAAUGAGCUGGAAGACACAAGGCAGAUUGAUCCCCGUAGCAUCGACUAACAGUUUUGGUUUUCCUCAGAUUACUAGCAGCUACCUGGAGAUGUCACAGUGGUGCUUUCAGCACGCUACCCUGUUCAAAUGGUGGCUUCCUAAGUGCAGAUGAUGGUGUUGAGCAGCUCGGUGGAGGACCUCCUCAAGAUGUCUACUUAGUUUUGGAGUUCUCCAUGUUAGUGUGACCUUGCUGUUCACAGACAACCACUACGACAGCACCUACCCAUAGAUCUCCCGUGCGGAAAUUGAACAGAUUUUUGUCUUCCAGAAAUGGAACAGAUUUUUUGCUAGGUUAUGCGAUGAUCGAAGCAGCUAGGGUGUACUACACUGAUUCUUCUGUUGGCACAUACUGCUAGUACCAAUGGAUUGAUCAGUUGUCAUAUAAGGAUAAGAAAACAUAGAUCUGAUUAGUUUCUGUUACUGGUUCGUAUGUACUACUGCACUAAACUCGUGUGUAUAUCCUCUCGUGUCUAUUGUUGUUUCUUUGUAUCACU